GAAAGAUUUAAUCAAGGAACGGAUGAAAUUGGAAAUGAAAAGAGGAUUUGGAAAGGGACAUGUACUUGAUAGAAUGGAAGUUGAUAGGCAUGAUAACAAUGUAUCACAAGUGGCUGGAGAUCCCGAACUUGGUGGAAGUGAUGUUAGUGGUUCUAAUGAAAUGCUGGAAUUCCUUCAAAAAUUCGGAACAUUGGCUAAGAAGCUUGCUGAGAAUUUAAGUGAGAUACAUGCCAUGUUGGAUAAGGCGAAUGAAAUAUUCGCUAAAGAAGAAGCAUCUGAUAUGAACACUUUUAUUCAGAAUAUUUGGAAUAAGUAUUCCAUGAGAAGGGAAGAAAAACAAAAGGACAACCCCUCCAUUCUAAGUCAAGACAAGCAUUUGUUUGACGAACCAGCUUUCAUUAAGGAGUUAGAUGAUGUUAUGAAAAGAUCAUGGGAAAAGUUCAAAGGGAAGAAAAAGACACCUUUAGAGAUGACUCCUCCGAGUUUUGAUUUGUUUUCUCAUUCUCAAACACCUACUCCUCCUCCUCAAACUCAUGAGCCUUCUUCCCCUCUUCGUCCUCCUCCUCAAACUCACGAGCCUUCUUCCCCUCUUCCUCCUCCUCCUCCUCAAUUUCAAGAACCUUCUCCUCCUCUUCCUCAUCCUCAAACUCAAGGACCUUCUCCUCCUUUACAUCCUCCUCCUCCUUCUCAAACUCAAGGGAUUCCUCCUCCUCCUCCUCCUCAAACUCAAGGGUUUUCCACUUCAAUUUUAGGAGGAGCAUGCUCAGGUGCUAAAGUCCAACAAUAUGUUCAUGGAGAGAAGAACAAUAUUCAAGCAAAUGAAGAGAAGAACAAGAACAAUGAUGAGAAAGAAGAUGAUAAGAUGGAGGAGUAAUGUAGUUAUGUUUAGGGACACUAUUAAUUAUUGAUGAAUUAAUAUUUUAUUUUUUAAGAACACUAAUUAUUAGUUUGUUUGUUUUGGGACACUAAUUAUAUAUAUACAUUUAUAAUUUUAGAAUUUGUGGUAUAUUUUUUUGAAAUAUUCUGCUCAUUAAAUAUUUGUAUUCGUUCACCUAUAUAUUUACAGGAAAGGAAAUGUAGGAAAAAGGGAGAAAAUAUGUCCUGAAAACCUUCCAAACUGUAUUCGUUCGCCUUUUAUGGUUCAGUAUGACAACAUAUUCAAAAAGGUUGA